AUGGCUUGUGCAAACGUACUUCGUGAUCUGAUCUCAUGCAUUGGUGCCUUGACAAUAGGUGCCUGGGGCUACGGUCUCUUCCAGUUGGACAAUGACUUCGACACCCUCAGCGAGCUAGGCCACGAUAUGGGCCUCACUAAGCUUGACGACAAAGAAGUCGACAGCAUCUACCUCUCCAUCUACGGCGGCGCCUCUCACCACGAGGUCGUGCGCAAACACCUUGACUCGGGAGUCCUGGCCGACUUUGUCAAAGUCAAAGAGGCCAAGAUGCUGUCCAUCCCAAACAGUUCCCAAGACCAGCAGCUCGAGUACCUAUUCCGCUACCCAUGCUACGGUUAUGUUCUACUCGGUGCCUGCGCCAUGACACUUGGCUGUCACCUUCCAGAGUCAUACAUCGACAUGCUCAAGAUCCAGAUCCACAAGGCGCUCUUCGGUCCAGACAGAUACAGGGAUGGCGAACCUUACGACUUCGAGUCGGAGGGUCUUAUCGAGACAACGAACGCCAUGACUGACGACUCCAACGACGAGCUCAACGGCCUCGGAUGCAAGGGCUUAAACGUCAUAAGGCCAGGUGGUAUCUUCAACACUGGUAUGGGUAACUCCACGGACUCGGUCAUCAUUAAGGAACUGCGUAGCAAGCUUCACAGCCCCAAUGCAUGUGCUGAGUGCUCUACCCGUCACGGAUCAGACGGAAGUGCGCUGCUGCAAUGCGCCAGAUGUAAGGAGCGGAAGUACUACUCUGUGAUCUGCCAGAAGAAGCACUGGAAGAUCCACAAGAAGCUGUAUGUUCAUGUAGUUCGUAAAAUGCAGAAUCAAUCAUUACCUGUGCCAACCCUUUUUAGGCUAUAG